AUGGGGCUGGCGGCGGAGCUGGCGGCGCAGCUGAACUGCUCCGAGUACAAGAACUGGCUGAAGGCCAGGCAGGGUUUGCUGCUCCUCCGCGCCACCCUCCAGCGCUUCACCGGCGAGCAGGCCCACGCCUUCCACCAGCAGCUGGCCGCUCGCCUCCCCUCGCUGCCUGGAAGUCGCUGCCACGGGCACUGCCUCCCGAGAGGAAAGCAGUUUCAGCCUGCCUGUACCCUGUGUAAAGAAUGGAAAAAGGAGAUUUUGAAGCAUCACAUACACAGGAAUGGGGAGGUGAACUGGGGAAACUGCAGACCUUGGCUCUGGCCUUCUGACUCUUGGGAAAUUGCAAAGGCUUACAUGCCUCCUGAGAAAGCUGAUAGUUGUGGUCCUGACAAGUGUGACGCAUCAGGACUCUUAAACCUUUUUACCUUCUGUGAUUACUUCAGCAACAUUGAUCAAAAGAAGGUCAGAGAGGUGAUUAAGUGCCGCAAUGAACUAAUGCACUCUUCAGAUAUGAAAGUCUCCUCUUCCUGGCUGAAGCAGUUUGGAAACCAUAUUCAAAAUUUGCUAGCUGAGUUUCAGCAUGUUCCCGAGGCCCAAAUGGCUACUACAAGUAUAGAAAAGCUCCUGAAAUCUGAUUGGGCUGUUCAUGUACCAGGGGAAGAUCAGCUUGAUGGACUGGAAGGUGAACUGAGCCCAAGCCAGAUGACUGAAAUAGAGGCAGAGCUGAUCAAAGAGAGACUUCGUGAAAUCAGGCUUUAAGCAACAAUGUCAAAAGAGGAUUCCUGCAGAAUACAAGCAGUAAGGGAUUUCAUACACAGCAAUCAUGACCUUCAGAGAAAUUUGCAGGAAGAAAUGCAGAACCUAGAAGACCUAGUAAAAAAACUGAACAGUCAAGAACAACUGGCAAAAGAGACAGAAGAAGUACGAUGUGAACAAAAAAGUGAUGAAGGUUGUCUUUCAGAAAAAGGAAGCGUACAGUAUGAAGACUUGUUACUGUGAAAAAGACAAUGCAUUUAUCAUCAAGAGAACUAUUCAAGAGUUCACUUUUUAACAUAAACAACUCUUAGAAAUUAAGAAAAUAAUUUUUAAGAGGGAUGAGAUAUUAUUGUUGAAUGUUUAUAAUUGCGACAGCACCAAAUGGUGCUUGCUGUGAGGCCGCCCUGAGUCCCCCCUCGAGGGUGAGAAG